AACAAAUAGGCAUAUGGGCAUGUACUUCCAAAGAGUUCGCUAGAGGGCGCAUUCGAGACCAGGAAGUUCUAACGCCUGUCGUACAACCGCGACUUUAAACGGCUCUGCUUUACGGCAACCUGCUUCCGCCGUAAAGCGCCGUGAGCGACCUCGCGUGAGUGAGUGGAGACAAAUUCCAGGUGGGAAACGCGGCUCUUGAAGGUGGGCGACCUUGACGUUUUUGCUAUGGGCAAACGCGGGAGCCGGAGCCAGAGCCAGCUGCUUAACACCCUGACUAAAAAACAGAAGAAGCAUCUCCGGGAUUUCGGCGAGGAGCAUCCCUUCUACGACAGGGUUUCAGGAAAGGAGGCAAAACCACAGAUUUAUCAACCGUCAGAGAGUUCAGAUACUUCAGGUUCUGAAAGUGAAGCGGAGAGCGAACCAGAACAAGUUUCUGGGUACCACAAACUACUCGCCACAUUAAAGAAUGUUUCCGAGGAGGAGGAGGAAGAGGAGGAGGAGGAGGAGGAAGAAGAAGAAGAAGAAGAAGAAGAAGAAGAAGAAGAAGAUAGUGCUGGAGGUGAGGCAGAAAUGGACGAUGAUGAUGGUGAUAGCGAUGGCAGUGUGGACGAAGGGACAGCAGCAGGCUCUGCCGAAGUGGAGGAGAGUCCUGCUGACCCUGAGGGAAACAAUGGGGAUGGGCCACUUGGCACAUCACAAGAGUCCCCCGAGGAGUUUACAGACGCAAAACAUGAGUCACUUUUCAGCCUGGAAACCAAUUUUCUUGAAGAGGAAAGUGGAGGCACGUGUUGUCUGAACGUAUCACAAGAUCCAUUUCUACAACACGUGAACAAAGAACUGAAAGAAAAAGAAAUUCAAGCUGUUGCCACAAAUCCCAAAACUACUCACCAGCUAAAAUGGCCCAUAUUGGGCCAGCUUGUCUUUUCAUCCAAGUUUCAGAAGUUGGAAACAUUUAAACCAUCAAAGGACAUUGACUUAAAGUCACUUCAUCUCCGGAAGCCUCUGGAAUCCACCUGGACUAAGACCAACAGCCAGUUCCUCUCUGGUUCCUCCAAAUCAAGUAGCCCCUUCACACCCCUCCAGAAAGAGCUCUUCUUAAUUAUGAAUUCUUACCAGGACCUUUUCUACCCAGAAAGGACUGCCCUGAAGAAUGGGGAGGAGAUCCGCCAUGUGUACUGCUUGCAUGUAAUAAAUCAUGUCCUCAAAGCCAAUGCCCAGGUGCUUGGUAACAAUAGCAGACGUCGCAGCCAGAAACUUGGAGUGGGUGACGAUGAUGACUUCAGAGACCAAGGGCUAACAAGGCCCAAGGUGCUGAUAGUGGUGCCCUUCCGGGAAGCUGCUCUGCGGGUGGUCCAGCUCUUUAUCAGCCUCCUCGAGGGUGACAGCAAGAAGAAGAUAAUCGUGAGCAACAAAAAGAGGUUUAAGGGAGAGUAUGGCUCUGAUCCUGAGGAGAGACCACCCAACCUGAAGAGGCCUGAGGAUUAUGAAGCUGUGUUUGUAGGCAACAUCGAUGACCACUUUCGGAUCGGAGUGGCAAUCCUUCAGAGGAGCAUCCGACUCUAUGCCCCCUUUUACUCCUCCGACAUCCUCAUUGCCUCCCCGCUGGGCUUGAGGACCAUCAUUGGUGGAGAAGGAGAGAAGAAGAGAGAUUUUGACUUUUUGUCUUCUAUUGAGCUUCUCAUCAUUGAUCAAGCCGACAUUUACCUGAUGCAGAACUGGGAGCAUGUCCUGCAUUUGAUGAACCACAUGAACCUACUGCCAUUGGAUUCACAUGGGGUGGACUUCUCUCGAGUAAGGAUGUGGAGUCUCAAUAAUUGGUCCAAGUAUUAUCGCCAGACACUGCUUUUUGGGGCCCUGCAGGAUGCCCAGAUCAACUCCGUGUUCAACAAGUACUGUGUCAAUCUGCAAGGCCAGGUGGCUGUGAAGAAUGUCCCAAUGACAGGCUCCAUCAGCCAUGUCCUGGUGCAGCUUCCACAUGUCUUCCAGAGGAUGGAAGCUGAAAACCUAGCUUCAGUGAUUGAUGACAGGUUUAACUUUUUUGUGAACAAGAUUUUGCCUCAGUAUCGUGACGCAGUCAUGUCUCACACGUUCAUCUAUGUCCCCUCCUACUUUGACUUUGUGCGUCUCCGAAAUUACUUCAAGAAGGAAGAACUGAACUUCACUCACAUCUGCGAGUACACCCCGAAGUCUGGCGUCUCCAGGGCCAGACACUUCUUCCUUCAAGGAGAGAAGCAGUUUUUGCUCCUCACAGAGCGCUUCCAUUUCUACAAAAGGUAUACCAUAAAAGGGAUCAGGAACCUGAUUUUCUAUGAACUGCCAACAUAUCCCCACUUCUACAGUGAAGUCUGUAACAUGCUGAAAGCCACCAGCAGAGGGGAGGAAGCCACCUGGACUUGCACUGUCCUCUACUCCAAGUUCGAUGCCCAGAGGUUGGCUGCUGUGGUUGGCGUGGAGCGGGCCGCGCAGAUGCUUCAGUCCAGGAAGAACGUCCACCUCUUUAUUACUGGAGAAAGAUGAGAACUUCUUGGACAGGAAUUGGUAUUGGCCUGACACAUAAUGCUUGCUUCUGUGCCACUUGGACCCAAUUCUGAUCACUUAUGCAAGAGAAGGACUACUACAGGAAGGAGCACCAGGCAGCAUCAUACCAGACUCUUCUUUCUUUUCAGGUCAUGCGUCCCUGAAAAGUUCAGUGUAAACCAAAUUUUGGGCAUAUCUUUCAGAUCAGAAGGGGCCUCAUAGAACUGUGAGAAGCUGGUAGAAGGAAAAAAUUCUCCUUGUGAAACUUUUUGUAAGCCAUAAAUUCUUCUAUUGUUAUUUUAUUCUCUAAUUUAUUACACUUGGUAAAUUCUUUCA